CGAACUUAAUUCGCCGACUGUAUCUUUCUCUUUUCAUUUUGAUGCAGAAACGAAUGGCACAAAGAAGCUUGCUCGAUGAUUUCGUGAUCCUCGUCGUGAAUACUAAUAAUAAUCCAUGUCAACAAGACGAAUCUUCUCCGUGUCAAGUAAUCUCAAUCUCAGCUUCGGAAAUUGCAACCUGGGAUUUGUCAGGGAUACUCUGCUACGGAAGAGUAAAAGUUGGAGCUCAUCGAACAAGGAAAGUGUCCUACUUCUCAUCCCCAAUCUUGAAAUCUUCUCGGGGUCAAGUUGGAUUCGAGCUCUUCGAAAUAUUUGUUUCAGUAAUAGUGUAGUGAUUCUUGAUUUUUCGUGUUCUAUGCAGGCUCAUUCAGGAAUCCUCUUAUUUCCAUGGCCUUCUUGGCGGAAGCUUCAACGAAUCAGGCCUCGAUCACAUCUCUAUAGAAUGGAACCUGGAGACUUUCUUGAAUCUUCUGAUAUGUAUCUAUGGUGGCUCCAUUGAUAUUACAUCCAGUAGUUUCUUACCUCUGUUCGACGCUGCACUGUAUUUUGGAGUGGAGAGGCUUAUCUCUAGAUGCAAGAGCUGGCUUUCAGUGUUGGCAUCACCACAACUAGAAUUAUCUGACCUUAUUCAGAUAUGGAGAUACGGUGUCGACCGUGAUGCUGGUACAAUCUGAUAAGUAUUUUGGAAAUGUUCCAUAUGAGUUGUUGAUCUGCGGCAUAAAACAUCCCCACCUGACCGUACACAGUGAGAUGCAUCUUGCUGAUGCACUUCUUGUUUGGAUUGAUGCCGACAAAAGAAUGUUUAACUUGUCAGAGAGUAGUAAGGAUAACAUUAUCAACUUGAUGGAACAGGUUCAUUUUAGUCUUUUGCCUCUGUGGUUUAUUGCAGGAAGAAGCAAGUCUCAUAAUUUCUCAAAGUUUGCUGAUCAAAGCAUUGAAUUGGUUAUAAAACUAAGGAAAAUGUCAUCCAAAUGCUUGGUCGAUAGUCUAAGAGAUGGCCCUCCUGCUGAUCUUAGAGUUCGUCUGACAGAAUACUCAGAGAGAAUGGACCUCUCAGGAUGCCCGCAGUUAAAUGAAGCCAUUCUGCUACUGUCACUACUUCCUAGAACAUAUUUCACAAACUCCUUGUGGAGAAAGAGUCUAAAAAGUUUCCUAACGAACCCUGAAGAUGAAACUUUACCACUUUUAGCUUUUGAAACGGUGAAAGAGGUUGAUAUUUCCAAGUGUCAGAGGCUUGAUUAUAAAGUUGCAGUCAAGUGCUUCUCCAAGUCAUUCCCAUCAUUAAGAAAACUGAGAGCUGCUUAUCUCUUAAACAUCAAGGUGUCCACUAUUAUUCAACUUCUACAGAAUUUUCUCCAGCUUACUGAUGUUGAUUUAACCGUUGAUAUCGUUCCUAUAAUACCGGGUCAAGCAUCGGUGUUUUACUCAAGUCCAGGUUUAGCUCAGACUCCACCCAUCAUCUUCUUAACAGCUGGAAGUAAUUUCUUUGAUUCUGGCCAGAGUCACUGUUCGCUUUCAAAUAUUACAAGACUAACGCUGAAGGGUAGAACUGAUGUAUGUGAUACGGAUCUAAGGAGCAUCUCUAGAUUAUGUGAUUCUUUAUGUUACCUGAACAUAAAAGGGUGUGCACUACUCUCAGAUGCAUGUAUAGCAUAUGUUAUACAGAGGAGUAAGAAGUUACACUCUCUCAUAGUUUGCUAUACCUCUUUUUCGGAGAGUUCGAUCUCGGCUCUAUGCGCUAGUACUUCUAUGACCAAUGAGCAUGUGGACUCAAAUUCAUUAGCAUCGAAUCUUCAGAUGCUGCACAUGAGUAAAUGCGAGGGAAUUAGUGAGGCAUCGCUUCUAAACUUGAUAACUCGGACACAUAAAAUGAAGAGCCUUUGCUUAAGGGAUACACACGUUUCAGACAAUGUGCUACGUGGAUUCUCUGGCUCUUCCUUGGAAGCACUUGAUAUUUCAAAUACCAAGAUAUCUAAUAUGGCUCUUGCUCGUGUAAUUAGCGAAAAUCCUAAUCUAAAAAGCCUUAAAGCCAGGGGAUGUAAGAAUCUGCUACAAUUACAGAUUGAAGGGAGAAGUGAAAGUUUCUCUCAGUUGGUUUCUAGUCAAGAGGUGUAUGAAUGUUUAAGCAAGGGAAGUGGAUUGGAGGAGCUUGAGAUUGGCUGGGGGUUUUGUUAUUUCUCUCUUGAGUCUUUGAGACCUGCAGUUUCGUUCCUACGAGCUAUAAGUGUGGGUUUGGGUGCUUCCUUAGGUGAAGAUGCUUUAAAGCUUCUAUCUUCUGCUUGUCCUUUGCUAGAGUCUAUCGUCCUUUAUUUUCAGGAAAUAUCUGAUUCUGCCUUGACAAGUAUUGUGACAUCAUUGAAGCACCUACAAGAGUUAGCUUUGUCCUAUUGUUUCGGUGACAUAUCACUUCAAAGUUUUAAGCUUUCUAUGCCGAGCCUGAGAAAACUAAGGCUUGAGAGGGUAACUCGUUGGAUGACCAAUGAUGAUUUAUUUGUUCUCACGCAAAGCUGUCCGCACUUGACCGAGCUUUCGUUACUAGGAUGUUUACACUUAAAUUCAGAUUCUCAACCUAUCAUCUCAGCUGGAUGGCCGGGAUUGAUUUCUCUUCAUCUAGAGGAAUGUGGGAGAAUAACAGAGAAUGGUGUGGCUUCUCUCUACGGCUGCAUUGCUAUUGAAGACCUUUUGCUUCGCCACAACGGCUCUGGAAUACAGAAAAGCUUCCUUCUCGAUGCUGCUUUGAAGCAGUUUCCAAUGCUUCGGUUGGUAUCUCUGGACAUGUGUGAUGCAAAGGAAGGCAACUUCGAUGUCCCAGAGGAGAAAGAGGAUGGUCGUUUCCUAAGCAUAGUGAAGAUCAGUAGAUGCAAGUCUCAGAGAUGCGCUCUGGGAAGAGAGUUAGGGCCAGUGCAUAGAGAGACUCUGGUUAUGUUUUGGAAUGGCCAAAACUUCACUAAAACGCUGCUCAAACAAAGACUUUAGUUAUCACUCUCGAUUACUUUAUGUUGGUUUUUUUAUUUUUAUUGUAGUUGAAAGAGUUUGCUUUCGAGUUAAGUUUAAAUGCAGUCUAUGUCAUAAUAGUAUUCCAAGAACGUGAUCAAUACGAUCUGUUUAUUAUUGGGAUUUGGGACCCUAUAUUAGUCAUGUACGUACGUAUAUUAGUAACGUGCAAUAAAAGUUUUUGAGUUUUU